UGUGUGCUCAGGACUGGUAGUGUUGGCCUGCAGGACUGAGAUCCCAGCCAGGGCAGCAGCAGUUCCUGUCAGUACGAUACACCCCAAAGCGGUUCUGGGAAUCUUUAGAAGCUACAAGGGAAGGUUAAGAGCGACAUGUUGGGAAAUGAACAGCGCUGAGACCUCCUAAAUGACAAUGGAUCAGUGCUUUUCAGAUAGCGAUGGGGCUCAGCUUCCAGCAGGUAGACAGGUAAGCCAUCCUUCAAGGUCGGCCCCUCCUGAUGCCCCUGAGCCCACAUCCACGGCUUUUCCUGUGGGCUCUCUCCUCGUCCUUCUCCUAGUCCUCUACAAGGCACCUUCUAGGUCCAGCUGCGGACAGGGUGUAGUAGCCAGGAAGGAUCUGACCCCUUUGGCCGGACAUAGCAACAGGUGUGCUGAAAGAUGAGCCACUAAACAUGAUCCUGUGCUCCGGGAGGGGGGAGCAGCUCGGUUUCAGCCCCUCGCGUCUGCAAGCAUGACUGAGCGGCUUUAUAUAGCCCCGCAAGCCCUAUAUAAGCUGGAAUUGAGGUUCUGUCAAGCCAGAGAGCCUACACACCGAUCUGGUCUGGCUGGCAUACUUCCCAUUCAUACCUACUGAAGUAGGGGUCCCACAGAGAUAGUCCACCCCAACCCCCGGGAUGCCCAGCAGAACUGCCCGCUAUGCUCGCUACAGCCCCAGACAGCGGCGGCGGCGGCUGUUGGCCGAUCGCAGCGUGCGUUUCCCUAACGAUGUUCUCUUCUUGGACCACAUCCGUCAAGGCGACCUGGAGCAGGUGGGGCGCUUUAUCAGGGCUCGGAAAGUCUCCUUGGACACUAUCCACCCCUCAGGCCUGGCCGCUCUGCAUGAAGCUGUGCUCUCUGGAAACCUGGACUGUGUAAAGCUGCUGGUCAAAUACGGUGCGGACAUUCACCAGCGAGAUGAGACUGGCUGGACACCUCUGCAUAUCGCUUGCAGCGAUGGGUACCCUGACAUAGCCAGGUAUCUCAUCUCUUUGGGAGCAGACAGGGAUGCAGCCAACGAUGAUGGCGAUCUGCCCUCCGACCUUAUUGACCCAGACUUCAAGGACUUGGUGGAACUCUUCAGAGGAACCAGCAUGGACUGAGGAACUGAGCCAGCCCUGCCCUUGGGUUUGUGCCUCCCUGGAGGAGAGGCAAGCACCUUGUCCUAGGGGCCAAGGUGUGCGCACUGAGCGUGCCAGGGAGGCAGCCAGGAUGCUAGGACUUGUGGGGGCACAAUUUCCCCUGCCCCCAAACCCAUUUUCUCUGGCCUGACUUUUUCUCCAGGUUUUGCUUUUUUGUUUUGUUUGUUCCUUUUUUAUGAUGAUACUUUUUACUUUUUCAAUAAACGUGAUUCCCAAGCUGUGAUGAUGACUAAUUAGCGCGGUCCAGUGCCAAACCAUCGCCACGCACGCUGAGAUGCGGCUUCGUGGAGGCGCAACGCCUCGGGUUAGAGCCGCUGGGACCCGGGCCGCCCCUGUCCCGGUCCAGC